GGGCAAUCAUGGUGCCGCUGGGGAGGGGAGAAGCUGCCGCUGCCGCCGUUGCCGGGAGCCGCGGAGACAGGUCAUUACCUUUCCAUUUCUCACAAUUGGGCUGAGCACGAUUGAACCAUGGGGGAACACAGUCCAGACGACAACAUCAUCUACUUUGAGGCAGAGGAAGAUGAGCUGACCCCCGAUGACAAGAUGCUCAGGUUUGUGGAUAAAAACGGACUGGUGCCUUCCUCAUCUGGAACUGUUUAUGAUAGGACAACUGUUCUUAUUGAGCAGGACCCUGGCACUUUGGAGGAUGAAGACGACGAUGGACAGUGUGGCGAACACUUGCCUUUUCUAGUAGGGGGUGAAGAAGGCUUUCACCUAAUAGAUCAUGAAGCAAUGUCCCAGGGUUAUGUGCAACACAUUAUCUCACCAGAUCAGAUUCAUUUAACAAUAAACCCUGGUUCCACGCCCAUGCCAAGAAAUAUCGAAGGUGCAACUCUCACUCUGCAGUCGGAAUGUCCAGAAACGAAACGUAAAGAAGUAAAGCGGUACCAGUGCACCUUUGAGGGCUGUCCCCGCACCUACAGCACAGCAGGCAACCUGCGCACCCACCAGAAGACUCACCGAGGAGAGUACACCUUUGUCUGCAAUCAGGAGGGCUGUGGCAAGGCCUUCCUCACCUCCUACAGCCUCAGGAUCCAUGUGCGAGUGCACACGAAGGAGAAGCCAUUUGAGUGCGACGUGCAGGGCUGUGAGAAGGCGUUCAACACGCUGUACAGGCUGAAAGCACAUCAGAGGCUUCACACAGGGAAAACGUUUAACUGUGAAUCCGAAGGCUGCAGCAAGUACUUCACCACACUCAGUGAUCUGAGGAAGCACAUUCGAACCCAUACAGGAGAAAAGCCAUUUCGGUGUGAUCAUGAUGGCUGUGGGAAGGCGUUCGCGGCAAGCCACCACCUUAAAACUCACGUCCGUACACAUACUGGUGAAAGACCCUUUUUCUGCCCCAGUAAUGGCUGUGAGAAAACAUUCAGCACUCAGUACAGUCUCAAAAGUCACAUGAAAGGUCACGAUAACAAAGGACAUUCAUACAAUGCACUUCCAAAUCACAGUGGAUCAGAGGAUACAAAUCACUCACUUUGUCUGAGUGACUUGAGCCUUCUGUCCACAGAUUCUGAACUGCGAGAAAAUUCUACAGGCCAGGACCUCAGCACAAUUUCACCAGCAAUCAUCUUCGAAUCCAUGUUCCAGAAUUCCGAUGAUACAGCAAUUCAGGAAGAUCCUCAACAGACAGCUGCCUUGAUUGAAAGUUUUAAUGGUGAUGCAGAGUCAGUCAGUGAUGUUCCGCCACCCACAGGAAAUUCAGCAUCUUUAUCUCUUCCACUUGUACUGCAGCCUGGCAUGUCCGAGCCACCGCAGCCUCUACUACCAGCCUCAGCACCGUCUGCUCCUCCGCCUGCUCCUUCCCUAGGAACUGGUGCCCAGCAAGCUGCAUUUGGCAACCCCUCUGCUCUCUUACAACCUCCAGAAGUGCCUGUUUCCCACAGCACACAGUUUGCUGCUAAUCAUCAAGAGUUUCUUCCGCACCCCCAGGCCCCGCAGCCUGUCGUACCGGGACUCUCUGUCGUUGCCGGGGCUUCGGCGGCCGUACCAGGCGUGGCGGCACCGCCCCAAUCACAAAGUACUACUGAGCCCCUGCCGGCCGUGGUCCAGACUCUGCCCCUGGGCGCCAACUCUGUCCUGACUAAUAAUCCCACUAUCACCAUCACCCCGACGCCCAGCACGGCCAUCCUGCAGUCCAGCCUGGUCAUGGGAGAACAGAACUUGCAAUGGAUCUUAAAUGGUGCCACCAGUUCACCGCAAAACCAAGAACAAAUUCAGCAAGCAUCUAAAGUUGAGAAGGUGUUUUUUACCACUGCAGUGCCAGUAGCCAGUAGCACAGGGAGCUCUGUACAGCAGAUUGGCCUCAGUGUUCCUGUGAUCAUCAUCAAACAAGAGGAGGCAUGUCAGUGUCAGUGCGCGUGCCGGGACUCUGCCAAGGAGCGGGCGGCGGGCAGGAGGAAGGGCUGUUCUUCCCCACCCCCUGCAGAGCCGAGCCCCCAGCCUCCUGACGGGCCCAGCCUGAAGCUACCACCACAGACUUUUUCCUCGCCCCCCGGCCCCCUGUCGUCCUCCUCCGCUGUCCCCUCUUCCUGUGAGCAAAGCAGACAAGCAGAGACUCCUUCAGACCCUCAGACAGAAACGUUAAGUGCCAUGGAUGUGUCAGAGUUUUUGUCCCUCCAGAGCCUGGACACGCCGUCCAAUCUGAUUCCCAUUGAAGCACUACUGCAGGGGGAGGAGGAGAUGGGCCUGACCAGCUUCUCCAAGUGA